AUGGAUCGUGCUAUUUGCGACCGACCAUUGAUGCCUCCUAAUUCUGGACGAAUGGAAUGUACAGAUGAAAACAGAGAAUUCUCAGUUUGUAGAUUCACAUGUAAACCCGGUUAUACGUUGCACGGUAAUUCAACAGUGACUUGUCAAAGAAAUUUGAAAUGGAGUUCUCAGCGGCCCUGCUGCCGAGAUGAUUGUCCACCAUACGCAAGAAUGAAUUUAAUUAUGGUAUUGGAUAGUUCAAGGAGUAUAAAUGCGGAGAAUUUUGAAUUAAUCAAAACAUUUGCAAAAAAGAUAUAUGAGGAUUUGGUCCGCAAGCUCCACAGAAGAUUUGAAGUUUCCGAAGAUUUUACUCACGUAUCAGUCAUAUCAUACAGCAGCAGAGUUGAAUUACUGAACAACAAAACUGUUUUUAAAUCAAGCGAUGAACUCGAUUCAGCUUUAGAUAAUCUUGCGUACGAGGGAGCCGGAACUCUGAUAGGUAGAGCAAUAACCUACGUCACAGACAACUUGGCAGGCAAAAGACCAGGCAGUGGAGAUAUUGUUGUCGUACUCACAGAUGGUAUUUCACAUGAUGACGUUUAUUUUCCUUCUAAAACUCUCCAAGAGACAGGAGCUCAUAUCAUAGCUGUUGGUGUUCGACAUGCAUGGAGAUACCAAUUACAAAUGAUUGCGUCAGAGCCUACUGACGUCAACGUCGUUGAAGUUGAAACAUAUAAUGACCUAAAUCAUAUUGUUAACGUAAUAGGCGAAAAAGUUUGCCAUUUAUCAUGCUGA